AUGACAGUAGACAUAUUUGAUGAUGGUUGUCGCAAAUGUAUUUGUAAAGUCGAUGCAGCUUAUUGUACAAGUAAAUUAUGCAUUGAUUAUCAGUCACCUGAAACAAAUCCUGAAGAUUAUUGUAGAACAAUAGUUGAAAAGAAUGAAAAAAACAAUAGUACACUAUCUGACCCUGCUGGAAAUGUAAGUGAUAAUGAUUAUAACAUUAAAUAUGCAUAUAAACCGGAAAAUAAAACUGAUGACGACGUAAACGAAGAUGAUAAUCAAAACAACAAAACUAACGACAGCGAAACAACCACUUCACCAGACAUUGAAGAAAAUAAUUCAACAAGAAAUGAAUAUAUGAAAAUGAAACGCAACACAGCGAAAGACAUUAUUUCCAAACUAAAGAAAAAUGCCGGAAACCAACGAUCUUCACAUAGUCAGAAGAAAACACUGAGUGAAUCGUUUCACGUACCGAAAAAACUCAUGAAAACAAAGUUUAUUGUCUUGCCGCCUGGUGAAGAAACUGUUUCCGCAAAUAACAAGAAUCAAUCUUUAAACUUUAAUGCAACAGCAUUUCAUGUAAUAACGAAUCAAAGUGGUAAACUACCUCAUAUUAUCAAAAUUAUUAAAAUGUAUGAUCCGAAUAAAACUAGUGAACAUGAUAAUCCCAAUUUACUUGAAGAUAGCCAUGAUUAUGAUGCAGAGUAUGAUAAUGAAUUAGACUCAGAACAAAAGAAUGUAACAACUUUAUCAAAUGAUAACAUUAAUAGGGUUAGGAAUCAAACAAAUUUUCCUUCAACUGAAGAAGGAAAAUACACUGAUAAUAAUACUCAAGAGAAUAAACUAGUUCUAGUUGAUGAAACGGAUGAUCGAAGUGAUGAAGAAAAAGUUUUGGAAAAUGUUCAUCCAGUCAUGAAAAAAUUAACUGAAACCCUGACGUCCGAUAAUCUUGAACCAAUGAUGAAACCAGUUGAGAAAACGGUUAGUGAAAAUUUAGUCAGUGUUGUUAUGAAUGAAACUAAUAAACCAGGAAAUACUUCAAGUUUAGAUCAAAAUCAAAACAGCGAAACUGCAACGACACAUGAAAAUGAAGAUAAAAAUAAGUAUUCAACUGAUGAAAGGAAAAAUCGUCAUCUCCUUGAAGAUCGACACAACACACAACCAGUAAAUAAGCAUGCUAAUAGACAAGUUCAUAAGAACACUGAAGAUAUGAAUAGAAUUGCACAAAACCAACAGAGUAAUGUAUCAACACCAGAUGAUUCAAAUAAUUGGGUUUCUAGAGAAAUUACAGUUAGUAGUAGAACAGUGAAAAUUCCAAAUGAAAAAGCAAUGAAAAAUAUGCAUGAAAUGUUUCCUGGAGAUGGUCCACCUUUACUUGAACUUGAAGAAAAAGAUACACAUAGUCUAGAAGAUUCAGUACAUGGUAAACAUCUUCCACUUAAAAAUCCUUUAAAAUCUGUAUCAUUUACACAUAAUGAUCAUGGAGAUUCGGUGCUAGAGAGAUUGGAUGAGUUAAUCAAAAAAAUCGCUGAUAUUGAACAUUAUUUGGAAGUGUUAAAAACAAGAUAUUUCACAUGUCUGCGAGAAACACCACGAAGACCUCCUCCUCCUCAUCCAAUGAUGAAUAGAAAUCAAAGACUGAAAAAACCACCUAAAGGCAGAUUACUUACUUACUGAUGAUCAAUCAUUAAGAAAUUUUUAUGAUUUAAUUACAUUUACUCAUCAUUACUCAUGUAUUACACAAUAAUUACUUCUUAAAAAAUUUAUGAUAAUAUAUUCAUGACUUAAUAAAAGAGUUUUGAAAAAAC